GCGGUGUGUUUGCGCGCAGGCAACGUGCUGCAGCCGGGCGCGGGGGCCAACGUGGCGAGGAUCGCGCAGUUUCUGAGGAAGGGGGACCGUACGUCCUUAGCUGUAAUUUGUUCUCUUCAGUAGCGAUUUUCUUCUCACGCCUUCGGCAGAAGGCAGGGCAGGGAGGCACCUUAGAGACUAACUGGUUCGGAGAGGAAUAAGCUAUCAUAAAGCUCCAGCCUCCUUGCUCACGUUGGCAUCCCGGAGACUGUACCUUUAUCGUGUGUCAACAGACAGUGUUCCUCUGGGUUGCAAGCUGUGAUCAAUAUAGCUGGCGGCAUCAGAAAUGGGUCCUAUGACAUUGGCUUGGCAUGUGGAAUGGAAACAAUGUCUCUUAGGGGUAUGAGUAAUCCUGGUGACAUUACUUCUCGUGUGGCGGACAACAGUAAAACCAGAGCUUGCCUUAUUCCUAUGGGAAUAACCUCGGAAAAUGUGGCAGAACAGUUUGGAAUCUCCCGAGAGAAGCAAGAUGCCUUUGCCUUGGCUUCCCAGCAAAAAGCGGCCAGAGCUCAGCAGAUGGGACUAUUUAAAGCUGAGAUUGUGCCAGUGACAACUACUAUUACAGAUGACAAGGGCAACGAGAAAACAAUCACUGUGCACCAAGAUGAAGGGAUCAGGCCUAGCACCACGCUGGAAGCCUUGGCCAAACUGAAGUCUGCCUUCAAGAAGAAUGGCACCACAACAGCAGGUAACUCCAGCCAGAUCAGCGAUGGAGCUGCUGCAAUUCUACUGGCGAAACGCUCCAAAGCAGCAGAGUUAGGCCUUCCAGUUCUAGGAGUGCUGAAAUCCUUUGCAGUGGUUGGAGUGCCGCCGGAGGUCAUGGGCAUAGGGCCUGCCUAUGCCAUCCCAGUAGCUUUGGAGAAGGCUGGUUUGACUAUCAGUGAUAUUGACAUAUAUGAAAUCAAUGAAGCCUUUGCUAGUCAGGCUGUAUACUGUGUUGAGAAACUGGGCAUCCCAAUGGAGAAGGUGAACCCCCUUGGAGGAGCAAUCGCACUGGGACACCCUCUGGGCUGCACUGGAGCUCGUCAAGUUGUCACUUUGCUCAAUGAAUUGAAGCGCAGGGGGAAAAGAGCAUACGGUGUGGUGUCCAUGUGCAUUGGAACCGGUAUGGGAGCUGCUGCAGUGUUUGAAUACCCAGGCAACUAAAUUCCAGCGCACACAAAAACAAGGCGGUUCUAAUUCUUCUCUUUCUCCAGUGAUAGUGAAUCAUUUGCACUAAAAACAUAAAACUGGAUCAGGAAUGUACAUAAUAGAACUACUGAUUGCAGGCACUAACUAUCAAAUAGUGGAACUAAUACAGGCAAGGACCGUUGUGAUCCUGGGUGUGGGGGUUGCAGAGUGAAAGAGAUGGGGCUGGUGGCUGCUUCCAAGUGAAGCUCUACUCAUGGCAGUGAGCUCAGACAAAUUCACUUUGAUUUCACAGAUACAGGCCCUGAUAUACUAGCAUCCUGCUAGUUGUAUAAAAUCACUGGCAUGGAACUGAGGGAUCAGGCUGCAAUUCAGAAAGCUUGAGUUCACAGGGGUCUUUACUUCUUGUUACAGAAAAAGUCUGGGCUCUUGUAAGGUAAAAUCAAAAUGCUGGUGCAUGUGGGCAACUUUUUCCAGAUAAUUUAUACCUAUUUUUAUUGAACUGAUUAAGUUGUAAAGAACCCCGGGGGGGGGG